CUCCCAACGCCAGUCAGUCACUGAUAGUUCAGUUGAAAGCAAGCUAUUGAGUGCCACGCGCCAAUCGUGCGCACGCGUCGAAAUACGAACAAAAAUUAUUCGGGUGUACCGCAGGGGUGCGUUUUUGGUACAGUGCUUCUCGUACGUUAUAAUUUGUGUCGUGAUUUGUAAUAGCGAAUUGUUCGUGGUCAAACGGCUGCAGAUGCCGGCGCAUGAUCGUUGAAAUAAGAUGAAGACUUAAACAACUUAGUGUCGUUAGUUAUUUUUGUGACAAAGUGAUAUAAAAACCGCAUUUAUGUGUGAGAAAACGUGUUUCAACGAGAAGAUGGCGAACUUGGAGGAGACGAGGGUGAUGAUGAUUAGGUCGGAGGAGGGGAAACACGGCUACUGGCGGCAGAUCCUGACCGCCCUAGCCGUGUCCCUGGGUCCGUUCGCGGCGGGGCUCAGCAAGGGCUACAUGUCCCCGGCCAUCGCGUCUCUUCAGGACAACGGGAACGCCACCUUCUCCGUUUCAGACCAUGACGCCAGCUGGAUCGCCAGCCUGAGUCUACUGGGUGCAUUCUUCGGCGGCAUGGUGGGUGGUGCGGCCAUGUCUUACGGCCGACGAACUGUGUUGCUUGGAUGUGCCUUACCGUAUGCCCUCGCCUGGCUCCUCACCUCCGUCUCCACCAGCGUCGCUAUGCUGUCCGUGACGUCAUUCUUCGGAGGGAUGCUUAUAUGCUGCAUCACGAUGAUUACGCAGGUAUACGUGACGGAAAUAGCCGAAGCGGAGAUCCGUGGCUGCCUUAGCUCCGUGCUUAAGAUCCUGAACCAGAUCGGAAUCUUGAUCUCCUUCUCCAUGGGAGCUUACCUGAGCUGGAACCAGCUUGCCUUAGUCGUUGCGACAGCGCCCAUCCUGCUCUUUCUAGCCUUGCUUUUCAUACCCGAAACUCCUUCUCUCCUGCUCCUUCGCGAGAAGGAUCAAGAGGCGGCGGAAUCUCUGCAAUGGCUGCGAGGCCCAGACUCAGAUAUAAGACAGGAGCUGGCGACAAUCCGGACGAAUAUACUCGCGAGUAAGCAGUACAGCCAAGCAGCGAGACUGAGGGCACUCCCGUCAAAGCGUCUGAUGAGACCUGUUCUGAUAACGUGCGGCCUCAUGUUCUUCCAAAAGUUUACUGGUUCCCAAGUGCUCAACUUCUACGCAGUAACCAUCUUCAGGAAGACCUUCCGAACGAUGAACGCUCACGGCGUCGCCAUCGCUACGAGCGUGGUACAGCUGCUAGCUUCGUGUAUAUCUGGGAUGCUGAUCGACAACGUCGGUAGACUGCCGCUGCUCAUCGGCAGCGGAGUGAUGAUGUCUAUUGCGUUGGCCGGCCUCGGCUCGUACCUCUACUACGACAUGGUGUUGAGAACUCAAGUUCUGCCUUUCGACAACCCCGUCACGCCGGGCUACGACUGGAUCCCUUUGAUUUGCAUUCUGAUAUUCACCAUCGCGUUCGCGUUGGGCAUCAGUCCCAUAUCGUCGUUAUUGGUCGGUGAACUGUUUCCUCUGGAGUACAGGAGCACUGGCAGCGCAUUGGCGACCAGCUUUAGCUACCUGUGCGGUUUCGUGAACGUCAAAACGAUGCCCAACUUCAAAGAUUACAUAGGCCUGUACGGCCUCUUCUGGAUGUACGCCGGCAUAUCUGUCAUGUGCCUUCUAUUCGUAGUUCUAUUCGUUCCGGAGACGAAGGGUCGCAAAAUUGACGAGAUGGACCCAAAAUAUGUAGAAUCCUUGUGUAUUAACCGAUAGUUGUAAUGUUCUCAUAGUUUAAGGUAUCCAAAUUAGGAGUUUAACUAGGAUUUAUUUAAAAGUCCCGUCAAGAGGGCUUGGAUCACAAUGAAAUUAUAAAAUAAGAAUAGACUGAUUUCUAGUGCCUAAAGUUUGGUCUAGUUGAGCCGCAGUGCUGAGACUUCCACCAGUAUUAUUUUAAGUGUAUUAUAGUAUAAUUUAUAACGGUAUUAUAUUUCAACAUCACGAUCAUAAUAUUAAUAUUUUCUUUAUCUUCUUUAUAACAUCAUUGCUCGCUGUAUAUAUUUCCAUUAAAAUCAUCCAUUACCUCAAAGCGUAGAUUGGAAUUUAUAACUAGGCAAUAGGUAAUAUAAAAAUAAUAUCUAUUAACAACAAUAUUAGAUUUUUAUAUUAAGGGUGUUCAAGAAUGUUUUCCCAAAAUAUAUUCUAUAAUAUUGACUCAAGGUGUUCAAAAUGUAGCAUUAUUACAUAAGUAUGAAAAAUCUUUGCUAUAUUUUAAAAUUGCUAUAUAUUGACAGUUAUCAUUGUAAAUAUACUUAGAAUCAGUAGCAGCAAGACUCAGAGGGCCUGUAUCAAAAUAUCUUAGUGGCUCCCAGCCCAAAUAAAAUAAUGUAGCUAUGCCUAAACAUAUUAGCAAUAAACAAGGAAAGCCAGAAUUAAUCAGGAACGAUAUAGGACUGUUAAAUGAAUGUUGGUAUCCACAUCCCACUAAAGGAUACUAAGAAAAUAAACCGUACAAAUACGUAAUACCAAUAGAAUAUAUUUUAGAAUUAGAUUAGACUGUUAUACAAAUAUCUAGAUUGUCGGUAGACAAUUUAAGACAAAGUAAAGUAUACAACGGUAACAAAAUAUACGUAAAAAUUUAGAUUUUGUAGAACUCCAAGUUCAAAAGUGACAAAAAAAUCGAAAGCUUUUUG